AUGAAUCCUAAUAAUCCUUUUCAGCAUAUUCCCUCUUAUUUAAGUCAAAAUGAAUAUUCAAAUGACGCCUUCCACGCUGACGGGGGCCCCCAGGCCUCGUCUACUACACAACCCCUCCUGAACCCACCACCACAAGGACUGCCCAUUGGGGGGCCCCCAAGAGAGCAGCGGCCUCGAAGGAGGCCUCAUGAAGCGGAUUCAUCUGCUGUUUCAGAGGCGUGGGGUGUCGAUACACCUGAGCCGGCUUACCCAGCAUACAGAGGGAGAGCUGCUUCUGCAGCAGGAAGAGCAGCUCGAGGUGCUGCUAUUCCUGUUGCAGCUGCAGGUGGAGGUGCUGCUGCUGCAGCAGCAGCAGCCUCUGGGCCUGAUGUAGAGUGGGAUGCCACAACAAACUAUGAAAAAUUUCUUUCUCCGUCUUCUUCUAGCCGUUCAUCUGCUGCUGCAGCUGUCGAUACACUGCAGUGGGUAGGUAGCGUCCAGGCGGUGCGGGGGAAGGCAUCAUACUUUUGUUUAUCAUCAGAAAGAAAUGCUGAAGAUUCAAUUAGCUUUAAUUGGCCUCCUUUCUCUAUUCGCAGCAGCAACUCUGCUGAUAAAGAAGCAGAGCAGCUUCAAACAGACGGGGGUUGUUCUUCUUCUUCUUUGUCUUUGUCUAUGUGUCGGUCUUUCUCUUCUUUAGAUAUAAUAAAAGCAGCAGGUGCAUUAACGCAUGAUGACGGCAUUCCUGCUGCUGCUGCUGCUGCAGCAGCAGCAGCAGCAGCUAAUGGAAGCCCUCGGGUAUUAGAAGGUAAAUAA